AUGUGGAACCAAACAAUCGAUGGGUUCAUGAUCAAGAUGGGAUUCAAGAAGUGCGAAUCGGACCACUGCAUCUACAUCAAGCGAGACGACCAAGACGUGAUUCUCGUGGUGCUCUACGUCGAUGAUCUCAUCCUGGCCAGCAGCAACAACGAACUCCUCAAGUCGACCAAGAUGGCGCUGAGCAAACGCUUCGAAAUGACGGAUCUCGGUGAGCUCGAUUACUUUCUCGGCAUGGAGAUCAAGAACGACCGUAAGACGGGAAUGGUGACUGUGCAACAAACCAAGUUUCUCAAGUCCGUGUUGACCAAGUUAGGAAUGGAUAACAGCAAGCCAGUGAAGACGCCUCAAGAUCCCGGCCUGAAGCUAACCAAGAACAUGUGUGAACAAGAAUGCAAGCACGAAGACACCAUGUGCAACGUGCCAUAUCGAAGUGCUGUCGGAGGCAUCAUGUAUCUCAUGGUCGCCACACGUCCGGAUCUAGCUGCUGCAGUGGGAUCAUUAUCCCAGUUCUCGUCCGACCCAUGCCCGACUCACUGGCAAGCUUUGAAGCGUGUGCUGAGAUACCUGCAAGCAACGCCCAAUCAUGGUCUUGAGUUUACACGUGAAGAAGGAAGCCGUAUCUGCGGGUACACCGACGCAGACUGGGCCGGCGACAUUGAGUCAAGACGAAGUACAAGCGGCUAUGUGUUCAUGAUGAACGGAGGAUGCAUCAGCUGGAAAAGCCAGAAACAACGGACGGUCGCGCUAUCUUCAACAGAAGCAGAAUACAUGGCGCUUUCCGAAGCAACCAAAGAAGCAGUGUAG